GGGGUGAAAGGUUGACCGCGAUUGGAACAGAAAGAGACAGCCAGACAGCACAGAAAGUGAUUGAACUCUUUUCUCUCCACAUCAUGGACUCAUUGUCCUAUGCUCUGCUCCUCGUCUCUCUGCUAUGUUCAGCCACUGGUCAAAGUCCUGUGGUCUCAGUGGAGCCCCAGACUACUACCGUGCGUGAAGGGGAGUCGGUCAGCCUCAGGUGCCAAGUGGGGAGCGGUGCUCAUGCCACCCAGCUGCAGUGGAGGAGAGCCAAUAAUCAAGCCUUGGCAGACAAUGUUAAGAUUGGCCCCAAUGGUGUGGUGCUGACGAUUGCUAAUGCUCGACCUAAUAACCAGGGCGAGUACCAAUGUGUGGCAUCCGGCUCGGCAGGCUCCACUGUUGCUUCAGCUCAGAUCAACAUCAAAUAUCCUCCCAAAGUGCGGCUGUCACCAACUGGGCCCCUGAGGGUCAAAAUUGGCGACCGGGUAUCAGUGCAGUGUCGGGCAACAGGCAGGCCACGGCCUAAGAUGAGCUGGAGACGCCAGGGCUCCCCUCUGCAGCUACUUUCUGAGGAGAUAGAUGGUGUCAACACCAUACAAUGGCUUAUAGUGCGUCCAGAGGACGCAGGAGUGUACAUUUGCCAAGCUGAAAACAUCGUGGGUGUGACAGAGGUCAAAGUGGAGGUCAUCUUUGGAGGGGUUCCUGGUGCACCCAUGGCAGCAGUGAGUCAUAAGGAAAUGACAGUUGUGGAGGGUCAUACUGUCACUAUGAGGUGUCAAGCUACUGGUUCUCCCCCUCCUGUCAUCACAUGGUCCAAGCUUAGAGCCCCGUUGCCAUGGAAACAUACUGUAGCCGGUGGUGCCCUGACACUGACCAGUGUGGGGCGACAGGACUCCGGCCAAUACAUCUGUAAUGCCACCAACAUACACGGUUUCAGCGAGGCAUACACGCAGAUGGAGGUGGAGAGCCCGCCUUAUGCCACCUCUUUGCCUGAGCAGGUGAAGCUCCAACACGGUGAUGCUCUUACUCUGCGCUGUCUGGCCCAUGGCUCCCAUCCCAUUCAGUUCCAUUGGAGCCGGGUGGGCAGAGGCAACCUGCCUGCUGGAAGUCACAGCACCAAUGAUGGACAGCUUGUCAUCCCUCAUGUUAAAAGUAGCGACAGCGGAAUAUACAAGUGUGUGGCAACCAACCACAUUGGCUCCAGUGAGGCACUGGCCAAAGUCAAUGUUAGAGCCUAGGCCACUGAAAUGUUUGCAGUGUUCCCCCGAGCCUGAAUUGUGACAUCAAAUGGAAAAUAUCAAGAUGUUCCUGUGCAAAUGAAGCUGAACUCAAACCUUUGAAUUAAUGGAUGCAUUAAAGGAUUAGGGGAUCUAUGGAAAAUUUUGCAUCACUUUUCUGGCUGAGGAGAUGACUAACUUCUAUUUUAAUGUUUUCCCCACCCCAGAUUUUUAAUAGUGAUUCCCAAACAUGAAUGGAAAAUGUCUCUGUAUCCGAGUAUAAUUUAGUUAAUUUGGUACUCCAUCACCUAGAUGUAAUUUUCCAACCAUAAACUGCAAGAUUCUUUUUAUAAUUUGAGAAUGAACCGAAUGAACAAAUAAUUAGAUCCAUUCUUACAAUAACGACAACGCAACAUUUUUGACAGCCUUAAAAGUGUAUGUGUGCGUCAUAAUUACUUUUUACUGAGUGUUUAACUGAUUCCAUUAAACAGACAAACAAACUGUAAAGAUGUAAUGUGGUAAAGAAAAAUGGAAGUUCCCUGUGCUGUAACACAUUCGAUUUCCUUGAAUUUUGCUUUUCGACCACAGCGGGGCGACAUGCACUUUUGCUGUGAAGCGUUCACGGCCUCAACCACAACAAGGAGGCAGGCCGAGAUUUUCUGUAUGUGAUUCGUAUCCACUGCAAUGAAGAAAGAAAAACUGAGCAAACCAUUUCAUUAGAUGUAUUCAUAUGAGCCAUUGUACACAUUCAGCCAGCAAAAUUCUGAUUGAGCACGUUGUUGCAAAACUUAGACCUCAGAGAGCUGUGCUGUUACAUAAGAUUCAAAUCAGUUCUUUCUUAAUGAAGUGUUAGCUUGCCAUUUAGGGCUUGUGGUUGUGGCAGUAAAAUGGAAAGAAAGCUAAUAUUUCCAAUACUUGAGCCAGAAUCCCGCCUGUAGCGGGCCUCCCUCGUAAAGUCCCGCUUUGACCAUUCUUCUCUUCCUCCUUCCAUCUUUACAAGCAUUUUUAAAGCUUGAGGUCUGACCCCCGGCCCGCCCCUUCACUUCACAAACACCAAAAAGGCCAGUAGGAAAGAGUAAAUAUUUGACUUUUGAAAAAUAAAUCCAGAAGAAUGGAAAA